AUGAUGAACAAGAUCGAUAGUGGUGGUAGUAUGAGUGAGUCGACUCUCGUGACCGUCCUGGCCGACGAGUCUUCCAUCACGAGCUCUUCAUCUGUCCACAUCAACAACAACAAUAACAAGACGGUCCGCUGGCAACCAGAUCCCAAACAUCCCGACAAGGUGCUGCGCAUCCGGCAUCGAUACCGACGGCCCAAGAACCCAUACGAUCUCUAUGUCAACUCGGAAGAACAGUAUCAAAACUGCUUGGAAACUCGCGGACACGCCAAAAAGUUACGACGGCAACUGUUGGCCGAAGGCCAGAAGAGUCGCGGCUGGAUGGCCUUGUUGUCGUCAAACUCGGAAGAAGAAGCAUCUGUAGAACGCAUUCUUCCCCUGCAGUAUGCUCUGGACGAACAAGUACGGGGUUUGGAAAAGGAAAUCAUUAGCGAAUUCAAGCAACAGAGCUCGCAACAUCGAAAACGGCAUGCCCAAACGAUCCUGCUGUCGCAAGCUCUGGAUGAUGUCGACGACGACAACGAUGCCCAGCAGCAACUCAUGUCUGACUUGUCCCGAAAGAGUUCCGCCAAAUCGAACGCCCUGGCGAGACUCUUGGCUCUGGUCGAUGAACACUACGUCCAGGAACUCCUCAAGGCCGAACCGAUUGUUCUACCAAUCAUAAUAGCAACACCAGCACCGGCGAACGAACAAAGCACAGCUGCCGAAAAGAACAGCAACGACAGUCCGGAACACAAUCACCCACAAGAAUCAGGAGGAGAACGUCGGCGCAAACCUCCACGGGCCACGAGAUCCUUUGGACCCUUCAAACAACGCAAAGAGCGGACACUGCCGCGAGCCACACGAUCCUUUUCCAAGGCGGUACGACGUAUCGGGAACAACUUUCGACGCCAUCCUGACAGUAGUAGUAGUAGUGACAUUCGAGCACCACCACCACACCAUCCACCAGCAAUGCCUCUGGUUCCCGUCUAAUAAUCGUUGGGAACAAGAAAAGACAAACAAAAGAGAACAACAGUUCGCCGUGAUCGCAGAUUGGAUCGGCGCGUA